AUGGACACUGUCCACGGUUCCCCUCCACCCUACGCUACCGACCGCAUCGACGAGAAGAAGGAUGCAUCCGUCGACCUUGAAACCAGCUACAAGCCCGGCUUCGAGGAGGCUGACGCCUUCGGUAACGAGGAGUUGGCCGAAAUCAAGUACAAGACCUUGAAGUGGUGGCAAUGCGGCUUGCUCAUGAUUUGCGAGUCUGUCUCCCUGGGUGUGCUCUCUCUGCCCGCAGCCGUGGCUGCUCUGGGUCUCGUCCCUGCUAUCAUUCUUAUUGUCGGUCUUGGUAUCCUCGCCACGUACACCGGCUACAACAUCGGUCUCUUCCGCGAGCGCUACCCCCACAUCCAGAACCUGGCUGAUGCCGGCGAAAUCCUGCUGGGCCCCUUUGGCCGUGAGAUGUUCGGCCUGGGCCAGUUCCUCUUCUGCAUCUUCGUUAUGGGCAGCCAUCUUUUGACCUUCCGUGUCAUGAUGAACACCAUCACCGACCACGGUACCUGCUCGAUUGUUUUCAGCGUGAUCGGUAUGGUCAUCUCCAUGGCUCUGUCGGUUCCCCGUACCAUGAAGGGCAUGACCUGGAUCUCUUUCUUCUCUUUCCUGAGUAUCUUCAGCGCCGUCAUGAUCACCAUGAUUGGAGUCGGUGUCCAGGACCACCCCGGUCGUAUCAUCGAAGCCACUGUCGACACUUCUCUUUACAAGGCCUUCAGCGCCGUCUCGAACAUUGUCUUCGCAUACUGUGCCCACGUCGCCUUCUUCGGCUUGAUCGCUGAGAUGGAGAAGCCCAAGGACUUCAAGAAGUCGCUGUUCAUGCUUCAGGGCUUUGAGAUCUGCUUGUACACCACCGCGGCCAUUGUGGUCUACUACUACGUCGGCAAGGACGUCCAGUCUCCCGCCCUGAGCUCCGCCGGCCCCCUAUUGAAGAAGGUCGCCUAUGGCAUUGCCAUUCCUACUAUUGUUGGUGCUGGUGUUGUCAACGGUCACAUCGGUCUGAAGUACAUCUACUUCCGCACCUGCCACAAGUCCGAUCUCAUUCACAGCCGCGGCUGGCGCUCGGUUUCCAUCUGGAUCGGCCUUGGCCUUUCCUGCUGGGUCGUUGCCUGGAUCAUUGCCGAGGCUAUUCCCGUCUUCAGUGACCUGAACGGUUUGAUUAGCGCCCUCUUCGCUAGUUGGUUCAGUUACGGUCUCAGCGGUGUCUACUGGCUCCACCUCAACUGGGGCCAGUGGCUCUCCAGCCCCAAGAAGAUUGCCCUCACCGUGCUCAACAUUGGCAUUGCUCUGUUCGGUCUGAUCCUGUGUGUCCUGGGUCUCUACGCCUCGGGCACCGCCAUCCACGACGAUGCGAACAGCAACAGCUUCACUUGCGCCAACACCGACAGCUAA